UAUAACAUGCAAAGCUAUAAACUUCACGUAGUUUCUGAAAACCUCAAGGAUCGACAUCCCUAUGUUGAACCGGAUUUCAAGGAUAGAUACGAUCCCUCUGAAGUAAUACUCAUACUCAAGAAUAGGUUUACCAUGCAGUGUUUGACCGUUCCAUUCCUAAAUUGAUCGAAAUAUUGCUCAUGGAAAAUAUUGAGGCUUUUAAAUAUAGAGAUGCCUUGAUCACAUUAAAUGAGAUGGUUGACCAUUAAGAAAUGAAGGAUCAAAUGAUAUCCCAAGGUAAUCCAUCUCUUUAGAAGUAGGUCUCGUGGGUAUAGCUAGUGCAUAUUUACAUCAUAAAGAUAUUUAGAUCAGAAAACAAGCAGUCAUUCUAUUGGGAUGUUUAGUAAGCAUAAUGAGAGGAAGAGAACAAUUAGGUGAUUUGAGUUUUGAUGGAUUGUCUAAAUUAUUAUUUGAUGAUGCAAGAGAAUAAUGUGGAUGGGCAUUAUGUAGAAUAAUUACUGGAAGAGAUGGAGUAGAUAUCUUGUGCAAAUCAAAUCUCACUAAAAAGAUGAUCUAAUCCUUUAUGUAAUCUAAGGAAUAUCCUAAAUUUACUGUUUAUUUAUUGGAAGCAUUUGCCAAAAUUGUUGAAUUUGAUAAUGGCAUUUUCUUCUUUUUGAAUUGUGGAACCAUUAAGAGAUUCAUUGAAAUUCUAUCCUCAGAGAACUACUAUGAUUAACGCUAUACUUAAAGAAUAACUUAUUUGUCUUUGGAAGUGCUAUCUAAAAUAUGUGCUAAUCAUGAAGGCAAGGAAGAAGCAAUUAGAGAAAAUGCUAUCAACGUUGCCAAUAGAUAUUUAGACAGUCCCUUAUUAGAAGAAGCUUAUUUUGCAACUAUUUUGAUCAUGAAUUGUACUAUUAACCUUGAUGGCAAGAAGUAAUGUGUCCAUGUUGAGAACGAUGAAAUCAUUUAAGUAUAUCAAUUUAAAUUAAUAUUAGAAAUUGAUUUCAUUACUAAAUAAAGAUUUCAGUAAAGAUGUUAAAUAAGCAUUAAAUAAUAUUGCAGAUUACCCUGAUGGAUUUAUUAUCAUUACUAAAUUAUUAUCUAAUAGCUAUGAAACUUUGGACGAUUUACUUGGUCAUAGGGUCGUUAUUGCUUUGGCUAAAUUGAUCCCAAGAGGAUUAGAUAAUUAUGAUGAAUAUAAAUAAUAUGGUAGAACUCUUUGCAAAUUCUUGAGAGACUACAAUGAAGCCAUCUAUGUGGCCUUAGAAGUAUGAUUAAUAAGAGAUUAAAUAGGAAACAGUUAAAAUAGUAGAAAUCUUGAUGGAAUUCUUUUAUUAUCCUGACUUAGUGAGAGAUGUGACAGACUCCCUAUUGAAAUUGAUGGAAGCAGAUGUAGAAUCAAGAGAGUAUGCACUCAAUUAUUUGGAGACUCACAAUGUAAACAACAAAGAGAUUUAAAGUAUAUCAAAUAAAAUACUUGAAUUAUUUCCACAUUGA